AGGAAAGAUUCGACCUCAUCGUCCGAAGACACAGCUUCCAUGCAGGAUGGUGAGAGUGCGUCACACAAGCCGAAGUAUGCAUUCAUCCAGCCGGUGAACCCAGUAGCACCCAUCAUGCACUGUAUCUUGCCUCCACAUAAGCCACUAAGCUUUAGUACUUACAGCGAGUAUGAGGCGCAUUACCAGCAAUCACAUUCGAACCGCUGCAGCGAGUGCGAGGGUAACUUUCCCACGGCUCACUUCCUCGAGCUUCACAUUGCGGAGAAUCACGAUCCCAUCGUGGCUGCCAAACGUGACGAAGGAGAAAAGACUUACGCUUGUUUCGCUGAAGACUGCGAAAAGGUGUGCGCUGGAUGGAAGAAGCGGCGCAGUCACCUCGUAGACAAACAUGGCUUUCCGCGAAACUACGACUUCUUCAUCGUCAAUACUGGGGUUGAUGGUAGAAGAAGUAUGCUACGG